UGUACUUAAUUUAGCUGUCUGUCAAUCAAUGAACACCACCAAGGCUCCCAGUGGUGUUUAAAAGUGAAUCCUGUUUAUUUCUAUACGAUCAAUCAUGGAUGAAGAUUCAGCAUUGGAUGACCCAAUUGCAAAUGUACCAAGCCCAUCCUACCUCUCCUCCUUGAGCCAACCGGAGAAGGAUGUCGGGAAAGAUCUGGAUCUCAGCGUCCUGACGGAAGAGACCAGUGGAAAUGCUGCUUCUAACGCCAACAUGACACAAGACAGUGGCUUCUUCGAUGCCUAUAGGCAAGAGGAGUCUGCUGAGACUGACCCUAAAAAGGUGGCCAUGCUGGGACCCUCUACCUUCUGUCCCAUGACACCCGUGACCCCAGUGGCUGAGAGUUCUGGAAUCAUCCCCAUGUUACAAUGUUUGGAGAUGCAGAUAGAUAAUUAG